AUGAGCACCCUUCAGAGAAGCUACAAGCCCCGGCGUAUUCUCACCACCCGCAUGCCGUCUCCUUCAACAAUCGACUACUACUUUCCACCAUCUCCGCUAACCGACGUUCCAGACACUCCACCCAGCUCACCUGGGAUUCCAGACGCCCCUCCGGCUUCACCCUGGAUUCCAGACGCGGAGGUUCCAGACACUCCUCCCAGCUCACCUGGGAUUCCAGACACCCCUCCGGCUUCACCCUGGAUUCCAGACGCAGAGGUUCCAGACACUCCACCCAACUCACCUGAGCCCACAUCAUCUGAGCUUCCAGACGCACCUGUCGACUCAUCUGAGGUUUCGGACACUCCUGUCGGCUCAGCUGAGCCCUCUUCAUCUCAAGCCGCCUCUCCCGCUGCUGAUAGGAAAGAUGCUGAUGAAGCAGGGGACCGUCCUGACGAUCAGUUAACUUAUUAUAAAUCUAUAACAAUAGCCGUGCUCCACCUGCUGCACAAAACUAUACAGCAGUACCAAGAGGAGAUGUGCGAUGGCUGUCGCAUUAAUCAUACCAGCCAGAGACAGCACCAGUGUCUGGAGGUAACUCGGGAUGACUUCUACCAGGAAAAGUUUUUCUGGUUGACGAAUAAGCUGUACACUCCCAAUCUGAUUCCUGCCAUUCAACACUACCUAUGCCUGCAAAACAUCAACGUGGAUCAUAUGAGGAUCAAAAAUACGGUGCAGAGUAUUUUAUUUGAGCUGGAAUCAACGAGCUUCAUUUACAGGGCAUUCCAGGCCUGGGUGCUGGAACAUGAGGACGAAGACAGAAAGAUCAAGAUGGAAGAACUUGCCAAACUGACUGAGCUGUGGUUGAAGCGUUAA